UCCGCCAUUGAAGGGUCGAGAGCGAGCGCCCGAGGAGGAGGAGGAGGAGGAGGAGGAGGAAGGGCAGGUUGACUUCGACACAACUGAACGCUGCUUUUCUCCGCUCGACUCUCGGUUUCGUUUCGUCCCAGUUUCCUCUCGUGGACGCCGUACAAAUCUCCUCAGAGCUUUAACGGGAUCCUACAGCGACGUCGGGUUACUGCUGUGGAGAAUUUAAACGGCUGCUGGGAGAACUUACCUAAGCUAAGCUAAGCUAAGCUAGCGGUCUCGCGCUCUCCGGUUAGCUAGCAGUGAUAAACACAACUCGGCGGAUUAUUAUUAUUAUUAUUAUUAUUAUUAUUAUUAUUAUUAUUAUUAUUAUUAUUAUUAUUAUUCCUUUUAAUUCUGGGGCCGUUUGAUGGAUCCUAGAAUCGCCUGGUUUCAACCAGAACAGCGCGGACCUGCUAACAGCCUGUGGAUGCAGAUUUGGGAGACGACGCAGGGCCUCGGAAACCUGUACUUUCACGGUAACGGAAAUAGCAACAGCAGCGCGGGGGCAUCGAUAGUAACAGCGGGUAGUGGUGGUGGAGGAGGUGGAGGAGGAUACAGCUCGAGCCCCAAGCCGAGCGGAGACACCACUGGGGCCGGACAGCACGACUGCGCCGAGCACAAACACCGAGUCAUGUCUGGGGAAAUCUCGGAGCAGCGGGACUUCAUACCGUUAGACAGCAAUAACGCCAACAACAACCACUACAACCAGCGGAUUGCGGCGGCUGCAGGCCGGGGCGGCGCCGGGGGAGCGUGUAGCGGGGCGCAGGACGCAGCGGCGCAGCGCAACAAGCGCAAACGGGACAACAAGGCGAGCACAUUCGGGUUCAACCAAAGUCUCUUAUUCAACGGAUACAGGGGCACAGACACGGGCCCCUACCACGGGACACCGUGGAAACGUAGAAACUACUCCGGGGGAAUUGUAGGGCUCCAUGAGGAGAUCAAAGACUUCUACGAGUACAUCUCUCCUCGGCCAGAGGAAGAUCGGAUGAGGCUGGAAGUCGUCGACAGAAUUCAGAAAGUCAUCAAGGACCUGUGGCCCAGUGCAGAUGUCCAAGUCUUUGGCAGUUUCAGCACCGGACUGUAUUUGCCUACAAGUGAUAUAGACCUGGUAGUGUUUGGAAACUGGGAGACGCUUCCUCUGUGGACGCUGGAGGAGGCGCUGCGCAAGAGAAACGUUGCUGACGAGAAUUCGGUUAAAGUGCUCGAUAAAGCAACGGUUCCGAUUAUCAAACUGACAGACGCUCGCACUGAGGUCAAAGUGGACAUCAGUUUUAAUGUGCACAGUGGUGUUAAUGCUGCCAAUCUCAUCAAGGACUUCAAAAAGAAAUUCCCUGUGUUGCCGUACCUGGUGCUGGUGCUAAAACAGUUCCUGCUGCAAAGAGAGCUGAAUGAGGUGUUUACUGGAGGCAUUGGGUCCUACAGCUUGUUUCUCAUGGCUGUCAGUUUCCUACAGCUACACUACAGAGAGGACGUGUGCAGUCCCAACUCCAACAUGGGCGUCCUGCUCAUAGAGUUCUUCGAACUGUACGGCCGCCAUUUUAACUACCUGAAGACGGGCAUCAGGAUUAAAGAUGGCGGCUCAUACGUAGCCAAAGACGAGGUGUUGAAAGGCAUGCUGGAUGGAUACAGACCGUCCAUGCUGUACAUCGAAGAUCCACUGCAGCCUGGCAAUGAUGUGGGAAGGAGUUCAUAUGGAGCCAUGCAGGUGAAGCAGGCAUUCGAUUAUGCCUACGUGGUCCUGAGCCACGCCGUCUCUCCCAUCGCCAAGCACUACCCCAACAACAAAUCUGAAAGUAUCCUGGGUCGAAUAAUCCGCAUCACGAGGGAGGUAGCAGAGUAUCGCGAUUGGAUCAACGAGCACUGGGGCGGACAGUCGCAAACCGAGGAGGCCCUCAACUGCAACGGAAAUGAUGUCACCCUCCUGGUGGAGCCUCAGGAGCUGGAUGAGUGUAACAACAACUUGCGUGACGAGAUCGUGGUCCUUCCUCCGGCGCCGAGGAGUAAAGCGUCCUCCAACUCCUCCUCCCCGCCUCCUUCCUCACCUUCGUCGCCCUCUUCGUCCUCGUCGCCUUCUCCGUCAUCUACGACUUCCAGCGAUGCAGAUUCGGACGGAACGCCGUGCAAGACGGUGAAACAGCUGCCUGGCCGGGGCUCCGGCGCUCACAGAGAUAACACGGAGAGGAAUCUGUCCAAUCACAGAGCUCAGUGUCAUCCCAUGACCACACCCAAUACAGGCCACAAAGGCAGCAAGCAGAGCCGACAGUUUCGCCCGAACAAAAGCUCUCCGGCGCAACAGAGCAUCUCGAACAGCAAGAGCCACCAAAGCAGCAAGGCCCAUCACCACGCCGCCGGAAAGAGACGGAAAAACCAGCGUGAGGCAGCGCACGAGGACCUGUGCAGAUAGGAGGCGCUCUUUUCUUCCCAGACAUUUGCCUGCUCUUACUUCACUGACCACAAGGGUUUUUUUUCCCUUCCUUCGUUCCUUUUUUCUUCCUUCCUUCCUUCCCCACAGGCUUUUCUACUGCUUGUGCUUGGUGUGGUGGAGUUUUUUAGGCGUCCUCAUCGACCCUCUGCCACAGAGACCCUUCUCUUAACGGUGUGGAGGACCAAAGACUCGGGGGGAAAAAAAAAAAAAGAAAAGAAAAGAAAUUGAAAAAUUACAGAGACUCAGAUGAGCAAUAUCUUGAAGCCCCGGACUAAAAAAAAAACAAAAACAAAAAAAGACUGAUAUUUCAAAACACAAAAAAAAAAAAGCUCAGAUUUUUAAAAAAUGAGGAAAAAAAAAAUACAAUCACUAAGAUUCAGGAAAUAAUUUAUGCAUGAAGAUUUUUUUUUUCUUUGCAUUUUUUUUCCUUUUGAAAGAGUGAAAUUCUUUACCAUGUGUUAAUUAGAUGGAUUUAUACAAAACAAAACCAACAAAAAAAGCAAAAAAAAAAAAAUAUAUAUUAUAAAAUAUCUCUAAAUCAUAAGAAAAAUUUCAUAGGUUUUUACUGGAAUUGUCACAUUUUUUUGACAGAGCCAAACGGAAUUAAUUUAAUCAUCAGCAUCUGAAGUGUGUGUGUGUGUGUGUGUGUGUGUGUGUGUUUGCAUGUGUCUGAAUAUGGUGUUGAUGUACAGUAUCUGUUUGUGAUUCUACGUUUACGGAGGUGCAUGAAUGUCUAAUUGUCGGAAACGGUUCGAGCGUGUGUGUUUUUGUUUGUUGCGUGCACACACACACACUCACACGUUUUCAUUCGUCUGAAAUUGACAUCGUCGGUGUAGCAGAAGCGAGCUCGUCUCAGCUUCGUGCUUGAUGUGAGAACAUUUUACAAAUCACUACCCAAUUUAUAACCCCUUUUUCUUCUGUAUAGUAUCAAACCCCAAAUUAUUUGAAUUGUAUGCAUAUUUAUUUUUUCUUUUUCAAAGACUUGAAAUAUAGAUAUAUAAUAUUAUAUAUAUUAUCUAUAUAUAUAUAUAUAUAUAUAGAUAGAUAUGUGUAUCUAUGGGCAGAUGAGGAUGAUGUGAAUGUUUCUCAUCUUAUAUUGUGGCUAAGUCACGUUUCUUUCUAUCAAACAAUUGGACUCUCCCAUGACCCAUCUCCCAUGUUUUGUCUAAACUUUUCCCAGUGACCAUUUUAAACAAAUUGUUUUAACCUGUGGCUGGUCUACUUAUGUUAUAAAAUGGAAAUUAAUGUUUUUUUUUCUUUCUGGGGUGAUUUUAUUUUGUUGUUGUUAUUAUUAUUUUUUAUUAUUAUUAUUACAUUUCCCCCCCCCAUGUCUCAUUGAAACUUUUGUCACUGCAGUACAUCAACCGACCACUAGAUGGUAGUCUAGCCCUUUUUUUUUCCUCCACAGAGUUUCCAAGUCAUCUUGUCAGAUUUGACCAUAGAUAUCAUAAAUAUAUUUUUUUUGACGUUCAAGUGGAUCAGAUUUAACACUUGUAUGAAAACAGAUGACGUUAGGAGGGACAGAGAAAGGAGAAAGCAUAAGAGCUUGAAGGGUUUAUAGUGCCAUUGAGAAUGUCUGAUGGUUUCAGAUGAACUGUAAUCGUGAAAACUCAUGCAAUAAACCUCAGCACAAUU